AUGCCAUCCAUGUCGAAGUUGUCUGUGGCCGUGGGCGCUGUGGGCGCCGGCCUUGCUACCACCGCCUUUGUGGCACCCGCGGCCAAGUCGACUUCGACCCAGGCCUCGAGCCUCCGCGGUGCAAGCCGUGGAGCCAACAGCAGCCUGGGACUCGGUGUGGCUGGGCUCAGCAUCAGCGGUCUGGCUGCCAUGGCCCUGAGCCGCCCAGUGGCGAAGGUACAGACACAGGUGGUGCUCAAUGCCUACGACGCCUCCAAGGAUCCCAGUUUUGUAGAGAUCGGCGCAUGCGACCCACUGCUGUUCUGGGAUCCUAUCGGCUACUGCGGAGGUGACUGCACCAAGGAGGAUUUUGAUCGUCGCCGGGCUGUGGAGCUGAAGCACGGACGAAUUUGCAUGUUCGCCACCAUCGGCAUGCUGUGGCCAGACAUCUUCGGAAAGUUCGAUGGCUACCUUUCCCCAUCGCAGGACUUGAAAUUCGCCGAUGUGCCCAGCGGUCUGGCAGCCAUUUCCAAGGUGCCACUGGAGGGAUGGCUGCAGGUCCUAUUGGUGGCCGGCCUCAUUGAGACUCAGCUCUUCAAGGAUCAGUCCCUCGGCGGCUUUGCUUACGGCAAGUACGGGGAGCCCGGCAACUUCGGCACUGGCUACUGGGGCAGGAAGAUCCAGGACCCUGCCGAGCGAAAGUUGAAGCUGACCACCGAGCUGAACAACGGGCGCUUGGCCAUGGUUGCCAUGACUGCCAUGCUGAUCCAGAAUGGCCUCACAGGACAAUCUCCUGUCGAACAGCUCACUUCGGGCCACAUUUCUCCGUUCAACGACGGCCAGGGCUUCUUCGCCCAGUUCGAUCCUUCCAAGGAGCUGGGUGCCUGCCCUCCUUUGGGCUACUGGGAUCCCUUUGGCAUGAUGGCCUUCCAAGACGAGGAGAAGUUCAGGCGCAACCGUGAGCUGGAGCUCAAGCACGGCCGUAUUUGCAUGGCUGCAACCAUUGGCAUGAUUGUGCCAGACCUCUUUGGACGUUUCGGGGGCUACUUGUCCCCUUCCAUGGACCUCAAGUUCUCCGAUGUGCCUUGCACCAUCGAGGCCAUCUACAAGGUGCCAACGGCCGGCUGGUUGCAGAUCUUCGCCCUGGCUGGGGCCAUUGAGGCCAAGAACAUUGCAUUCCCAACGAACUAUGGCUAUCCUCCUUUCUGGGGACAGAUCAACAAGCUCUCUCCUGAGGAGAAAGAGAAGAAACUGUUGGCAGAGAUUAACAACGGCCGCUUGGCCAUGGUGGCCAUGGCGGCCAUUGUCGCUCAGAAUGGUGCCACUGGACAGUCCUUGGUCGAGCAGUUCACCACUGGAAACCUGAACCCCUUCAUCGGUGGCUAUGCGAAGCAGGAGACGGACCGCAUGGUGCUCCGUGCCAACUCGGAGGCGCUGCCGUGGGCGCCAGUGCCAGAAGGCCUCACCAACGAUAUCUUCGGCCCUUAUGUGGGGGAUGCGGGCUUCGACCCCGCCGGCUUUGCAAAGAACCAGCGCUUGCUGCCCUGGUACCGGGAGGCUGAAUUGGCCCACGGCCGCGUGUGCAUGUUGGCCACCUUGGGUUACACCGUGCAGACCUCUGGAGCCAAGUUGGAGCCCUUCAUCACCCGUUAUCCCACUGACUCAGCGGAUCCACUGAAGGCGGCCACCCAGGUGCCCAUCAUUGGAUGGCUGCAGAUCCUCGUUGUGAUUGCUCUUUCCGAGCUGUGGCGGUAUGAGAAUGUCAUCACCAAGUACAGCGAAGGCGUCCAGCCUGGAGACUUGGGUUGGAACCCCACUGCUCCAAUGAGCUCCAAGAGGCCCAAAUGGUUCGGUCCUACCUUUACCGCCAACUACAAGCCUGAGGAGUGGAACAACAUGCGCCUCAGGGAGAUCAACACUGCAUGCGCCUCGCCAUGGUGGGCUUCUUCUUCACUCGUGCUCACCAAUGCCUCCACCGGGCAGGGUCCAUCUUUGAUCCCCAACUUCACGCAGGCGGAGUUCCAGUCCACAGUGGGCGACUUCAUCCCCAAGGGUCUCUAA